AUGGCUUCGACUACUCCCAACCCAAUGGGACCAUGGAAGAUCACAGUCUAUGACCAGGAGAAUUUUCAGGGGAAGCGCAUGGAGUUCACUGCAUCAUGCCAGAACAUCAUGGACUGUGGCAUGGAAAACGUCCGCUCCCUGAAGGUGGAAUGUGGAGCAUGGGCCGGAUAUGAGCACUCCAGCUUCUGUGGACAGCAGUUUGUGCUGGAGAGGGGAGAUUACCCUCGCUGGGAGUCAUGGAGUGGCAGCAACGCCUACCACAUUGAGAGGAUGAUGUCUUUCCGCCCCAUCUGCUCUGCCAACCAUAAGGAGUCCAAGAUCGUGGUGUUUGAGAGGGAGAACUUCAUCGGGCGCCAGUGGGAGAUGAACGAUGACUACCCCUCUCUUCAGGCCAUGGGCUGGGGAAACAAUGAGAUUGGCUCCAUGCAGGUCCAGAGUGGAGCCUGGGUGUGCUACCAGUUCCCAGGUUACCGUGGCUACCAGUACAUAAUGGAGUGUGAUCGCCAUGGCGGCGAAUACAAACACUACAGGGAGUGGGGCUCUCACGCUCAGACCUUCCAGGUGCAGUCACUGCGCAGAAUCCAGCAAUGA